AUGUUUUGUUGUCGCGGGAUCGCCAGUUUCCGCUUCGUGGUGUCCGCGCGCGGUUCGGUGGUGUGCGGACUCGAACCUGCGUCAUGGCGGCUCUCGCGCACACCUGUCACGGAGUGCGCGAGGCGGCCUCAGGUGAGCGGCGCGUGGCUCGUGAGGCUCCACGGGACGGACAGUCAAGCGAGCUGCUGGACCGGGCUCCUGCACCCGGGGGCCCGGUACCGGCCCGGGGCCACGGGGCUCCACCGGGGAGGUCAGCAGAGGUCGCUGCUGAUCUCCCGGUGCUCACCGCCUCCUGAAGCCCGGGGGCUCUGCACCGGGAACGCGAAGGAGAAACCGGGCAGCCCCCCCGCGGCGGACCGGCCCGAGGCCAGCACGGUACCGGGACAAGGACUGUUCAAGUUCAAACAGCUGUACGAGAACCCGUGGACGAUCCCCAACCUGUUGUGUGUGUGUCGCAUCCUGCUGGCCCCGUACCUGGGUCACCUGAUCAUCCAGCAGCACUUCCACCUCAGCCUGGCUCUGUUCACGCUGGCGGGAGCUACUGACCUGUUGGACGGGUACAUAGCCAGAACGUGGCCCUCUCAGAAGUCGGCGUUGGGCAGCGCUCUCGACCCGUUGGCCGACAAAAUCCUCGUCAGUAUUUUAUACGUCAGUCUCACCUACGCUGACUUGAUACCAGCUCCUUUGACGGCGCUCGUGAUUUUCAGAGAUGUCGGUUUGAUCGCUGCUGUUUUCUGGAUCAGAUACAAAACUGUUCCUGCGCCGGUGACACUGGGUAAAUUCUUUAACCCUUGCUACACAACAGCACAGCUCAAGCCCACGCUUUUCAGCAAGGUGAACACAGCCAUUCAGCUCCUCCUGGUUGCAUCUUCUCUGGCUGCUCCGGUCUUCCAGUACACAGACUGUGUCCUGCUGCAGUGCCUAUGGUACGUGACGGCUGUGACCACGGCGGCGUCGGGUUACAGCUACUGGCACUACGGCCGCAAAACCGUGCAGCUGCUGAACACCAGGACGCCGUGACAGCCCGACAGGAAGCGGCCACGAGGCGGAACGAACGCAGCGAGCAGAGACUCUGAUUGGCCGAAGUCGGACAGACGGCUGGACGACUGCCAGCAGCACUGACACCAAGUCGCUGUGACAACCAUUUACGAGUCGCCGCUGGAACGACGCGUGCAAAACCGAGCGACGGUUGGAGAUUGUUUUACUGCAACACAAACACACACAGACACACACAAACACACACACUACAGGAGCAGCUGUGGACACGAGACACAAGCGGCUGAGACCGACGUCCACCGUCCACGUGGUUCACGUCAACUCAUCCAACGAGAGCUUUUAUUUUUGGUUCGUCAAUCGGGAGCUGCAGAUUCCAUCAGAGUCACAUGAUUGUCAGUUUUGUAAACCUAUGAUUAAAAAAAUAUAAUAUUAA